UAUUUCAAAUUACCAGGUCCGCUGUCUAUCGAAGAGCGUUGCAACAUGUUUGGCGGCAUAAUCGCCCAUCCCACGGAAUGUCAGGCGUACUACAACUGCAGCGUUCGCUACCAGGACGUUCCUCGGUUGCUGGAGCAACAUAUGGUCGAGUGUCCGUACCCCGAACUCUUCAACGCGGAGACCAAGCAGUGUGAACAUUUUGAAAAAGUGAAGUGUGGAUCUAGACGAGAAUUUAAAGAUGCUUGCGACUACAGAAGGAACGGCUGCGUAGCAGCCCACUGUAUUCCUUGCAAUGUCCAGUUCGGCAAAUGUGAGGGGAAACCCAACGGUCUUGCACCGCACGAGGCGAAACUGUGGAGUCCAUACUAUGUCGUCUGCUACAAAGACCGGACCGUGGAGCACAACACGUGCAAAGCAGACGAGAGCGGACGGACGCAGUUAUUCCAUCCAGACUUUAACCAAUGUGUUCCCCUGGACAUGAUCCCGCGAGAUCACGGAGGAAUGAUGCCCGAGUGCGAGACCAAGUUAGACGGCCUCUACCCGGAUGUGUCGGGUCGGUGUGACCGAUAUGUCCACUGCAAGGGCGGCAAGUACGCGGGCACUGUCAAGUGCGCGGUCGGCGAGGUGUUUGACUUCACUCGUGCCGCUUGUAUGCCGGAACAUCAAGCCUGUGGGCCGCGCGGCAAGCACGAAAACUGCUAAGAGAGUGCAUUCAUGUUGGGUAUCGAGAAUGCGAACUUUUCCAGCGUUGUGGGCCAUCGCAGAUUCAUUUUAAAAAUAAUCGUUUGAGUAUGAACGAUUUCAUGCUCUUUCUGAGUUAAAUUGUGUUUGGUGGAAUAAGACUUCGUGGAUUCUGAAAGUUCUGGGACGAAUUCUUCACCUGUUGGACCGUCAUGGACUCACUUACACAUCUGUGAUAACAAUGUUUGUUUUUUUUUGUAAAAAAAUGUUAUAAAUUUAUAUUAAAUUGCAUCAUCGUUUCGAUAAUUUAUUAUUCGUUAUGCAUCAUAAAUAAUGACAUUAUUUGUUCGUUUGGUACUAGCUACUAGGGCGUAUGACUGUAUAUAUUGUUGUGAUAGUCAUCUGCCAAAUUUGCCAGACUUUUUAUUUUCACAAAUAUAUGCUAUCCAUUUCUUAUAUCUCCUACUCUAUAACUUCAAAUACAUAUGUUUGUUUUUUUCAGUAUCUAAUUUACCAAAGCUUUUAAUUAAAUAUAACCGCGUCAACGAUACGGAUACCUUUUUUAUUGGAGCUACAUUUUUUUGCAAAACUAAUAUUACUAUAAUUUAUUUAACAGAUUUUUUUUCUAUUAAUUUACGCAAAGCUGUGUUUAAAAAUAAAACUUGUUUGUUGUGUAUAUUUCUCAACGGUGGAAAUCCUGUAAAAAUGUGACGUUGAUUGAAUGGGCCUUGACGCUGAGUGUGUGUAAACCACAACGUAAUAGAUCUAAUGACGUGAUUCUUUGCAUGAUUAAAUGUUCAUAUUUUUUCAUUAUCGUGUUCAUCGUGAGUUACUUGUUGUUGAAAUCCAUGUUAAAUAAAAUAAU